AUGACCGGCUCAGAUGAGGCGAAGACAAAGUUCGACGAAGACCUGCACGCCCACCUGACGUCUGUAUUGAAGGCGGACAAGUUGACUGUCCUUCGUGACUCCAAUGCCCGCGUCGAGACAGAAUGUACUACCUGGAGGGGAGUACUGGGUCCUCACGGAAUCGCCGGCUGCAACGACAAUGCUCUCCUUCCCCGGCGGACCUGCGCUAAACACCGUCUUCUGCUGACCACCACAUUCUUCCUCAUGCGGAUGCGGAAGAAGGCCACCUGGAUGCACUGCCGAUUGCGGCGCUGUCAGCUGUUGGACUAUGUUCUCGUCUGA